GGGACUACUGGGUCCGGGAGGGGGAAGGGAGGGCUGCGAGCCCGAACGCGCGGCGAGAAGGCCGAGGGGAGGGAGCGGAGCGAGGAGCGGGAGGAGGAAGGGAGGGAGCCGAGGCGAGGGGGAGGCGGCGCCUGGGCCCGAGCCGCCCCAGCCCUGGCUCCUCUCCCCGGAACAGGCCCCCGACAGCUGCUCGCGGGAGCCGCCUCCCGACACCCGAGCCCCGCCGGCGCCUCCCGCUCCCGGCUCCCGGCUCCUGGCUCCCUCCGCCUCCCCCGCCCCUCGCCCCGCCGCCGAAGAGGCCCCGCUCCCGGGUUGGACGCCUGGGUCUGUCGGGAAGAGCGAUGAGAGGUGUCUGAAGGUGGCUAUUCACUGAGCGAUGGGGUUGGACUUGAAGGAAUGCCAAGAGAUGCUGCCCCCACCCCCUUAGGCCUGAGGGAUCAGGAGCUAUGGGGCCAGAGGCCCUGUCAUCUUUACUGCUGCUGCUCUUGGUGGCAAGUGGAGAUGCUGACAUGAAGGGACAUUUUGAUCCUGCCAAGUGCCGCUAUGCCCUGGGCAUGCAGGACCGGACCAUCCCAGACAGUGACAUCUCUGCUUCCAGCUCCUGGUCAGAUUCCACUGCCGCCCGCCACAGCAGGUUGGAGAGCAGUGAUGGGGAUGGGGCCUGGUGCCCUGCAGGGUCGGUGUUUCCCAAGGAGGAGGAGUACUUGCAGGUGGAUCUACAACGACUGCACCUGGUGGCUCUGGUGGGCACCCAGGGACGGCAUGCCGGGGGCCUGGGCAAGGAGUUCUCCCGGAGCUACCGGCUGCGUUACUCCCGGGAUGGUCGCCGCUGGAUGGACUGGAAGGACCGCUGGGGUCAGGAGGUGAUCUCAGGCAAUGAGGACCCUGAGGGAGUGGUGCUGAAGGACCUUGGGCCCCCCAUGGUUGCCCGACUGGUUCGCUUCUAUCCCCGGGCUGACCGGGUCAUGAGUGUCUGUCUGCGGGUAGAGCUCUAUGGCUGCCUCUGGAGGGAUGGACUCUUGUCUUACACCGCCCCUGUGGGGCAGACAAUGUACUUAUCUGAGGCCGUGUACCUCAACGACUCCACCUAUGACGGACAUACCGUGGGCGGAUUGCAGUAUGGGGGUCUGGGCCAGCUGGCAGAUGGUGUAGUGGGGCUGGAUGACUUUAGGAAGAGUCAGGAGCUGCGGGUCUGGCCAGGCUAUGACUAUGUGGGAUGGAGCAACCACAGCUUCUCCAGUGGCUACGUGGAGAUGGAGUUUGAGUUUGACCGGCUGAGGGCCUUCCAGGCUAUGCAGGUCCACUGUAACAACAUGCACACGCUGGGAGCCCGUCUGCCUGGCGGGGUGGAAUGUCGCUUCCGGCGUGGCCCUGCCAUGGCCUGGGAGGGGGAGCCCAUCCGCCACAACCUAGGGGGCAACCUGGGGGACCCCAGAGCCCGGGCUGUCUCAGUGCCCCUUGGCGGCCGUGUGGCUCGCUUUCUGCAGUGCCGCUUCCUCUUUGCGGGACCCUGGUUACUCUUCAGCGAAAUCUCCUUCAUCUCUGAUGUGGUGAACAAUUCCUCUCCGGCACUGGGAGGCACCUUUCUGCCAGCCCCCUGGUGGCCGCCUGGCCCACCUCCCACCAACUUCAGCAGCUUGGAGCUGGAGCCCAGAGGCCAGCAGCCCGUGGCCAAGGCUGAGGGGAGCCCGACCGCCAUCCUCAUCGGCUGCCUGGUGGCCAUCAUCCUGCUCCUGCUGCUCAUCAUUGCCCUCAUGCUCUGGCGGCUGCACUGGCGCAGGCUCCUCAGCAAGGCUGAACGGAGGGUGUUGGAAGAGGAGCUGACGGUUCACCUCUCUGUCCCUGGAGACACUAUCCUCAUCAACAACCGCCCAGGUCCUAGAGAGCCACCCCCGUACCAGGAGCCCCGGCCUCGUGGGAAUCCGCCCCACUCCGCUCCCUGUGUCCCCAGUGGCUCUGCCUACAGUGGGGACUAUAUGGAGCCUGAGAAGCCAGGCACCCCGCUUCUGCCCCCACCUCCCCAGAACAGCGUCCCCCAUUAUGCCGAGGCUGACAUUGUUACCCUGCAGGGCGUCACCGGGGGCAACACCUAUGCUGUGCCUGCACUGCCCCCAGGGGCAGUCGGGGAUGGGCCCCCCAGAGUGGAUUUCCCUCGAUCGAGGCUCCGCUUCAAGGAGAAGCUUGGCGAGGGCCAGUUUGGGGAGGUGCACCUGUGUGAGGUCGACAGCCCUCAAGAUCUGGUCAGUCUUGAUUUCCCCCUUAAUGUGCGUAAGGGACACCCCUUGCUGGUAGCUGUCAAGAUCUUACGGCCAGAUGCCACCAAGAAUGCCAGGAAUGAUUUCCUGAAGGAGGUGAAGAUCAUGUCGAGGCUCAAGGACCCAAACAUCAUCCGGCUGCUGGGCGUGUGUGUGCAGGAUGACCCCCUCUGCAUGAUUACUGACUACAUGGAGAACGGUGACCUCAACCAGUUCCUCAGUGCCCACCAGCUGGAGGACAAGGCAGCCGAGGGGGCCCCUGGGGACGGGCAGGCUGCGCAGGGGCCCACCAUCAGCUACCCAAUGCUGUUGCAUGUGGCAGCCCAGAUCGCCUCCGGCAUGCGCUAUCUGGCCACACUGAACUUUGUACAUCGGGACCUGGCCACGCGGAACUGCCUAGUUGGGGAAAAUUUCACGAUCAAAAUCGCAGACUUUGGCAUGAGCCGGAACCUCUAUGCUGGGGACUAUUACCGUGUGCAGGGCCGGGCAGUGCUGCCCAUCCGCUGGAUGGCCUGGGAGUGCAUCCUCAUGGGGAAGUUCACGACUGCGAGUGACGUGUGGGCCUUUGGCGUGACCCUGUGGGAGGUGCUGAUGCUCUGCAGGGCCCAGCCCUUUGGGCAGCUCACCGACGAGCAGGUCAUCGAGAAUGCGGGGGAGUUCUUCCGGGACCAGGGCCGGCAGGUGUACCUGUCCCGGCCGCCUGCCUGCCCGCAGGGCCUAUAUGAGCUGAUGCUUCGGUGCUGGAGCCGGGAGUCUGAGCAGCGACCACCCUUUUCCCAGCUGCAUCGGUUCCUGGCAGAGGAUGCACUCAACACGGUGUGAAUCACACAUCCAGCUGCCCCUCCCUCAGGGAGCGAUCCAGGGGAAGCCAGUGACACUAAAACAAGAGGACCCAAUGGCACCUCUGCCCUUCCCCUCCCGACAGCCCAUCACCUCUAAUAGAGGCAGUGAGACUGCAGGUGGGCUGGGCCCACCCAGGGAGCUGAUGCCCCUUCUCCCCUUCCUGGACACACUCUCAUGUCCCCUUCCUGUUCUUCCUUCCCAGAAGCCCCUGUCGCCCACCCAGCUGGCCCUGUGGAUGGGAUCCUCUCCAACCUCCUCCAGCCAUCCCUUGGGGAAGGGUGGGGGGAAAUAUAGGAUAGACACUGGACAUGGCCCAUUGGAGCACCUGGGCCCCACUGGACAACACUGAUUCCUGGAGAGGUGGCUGCGCCCCCAGCUUCCUCUCCCUGUCACACACUGGACCCCACUGGCUGAGAAUCUGGGGGUGAGGAGGACAAGAAGGAGAGGAAAAUGUUUCCUUGUGCCUGCUCCUGGACUUGUCCUCAGCUUGGGCUUCUUCCUCCAUCACCUGAAACACUGGACCUGGGGGUAGCCCCGCCCCAGCCCUCAGUCACCCCCACUUCCCACCUGCAGUCUUGUAGCUAGAACUUCUCUAAGCCUGUACGUUUCUGUGGAGUAAAUAUUGGGAUUAGGGGGAAAGAGGGAGCAAUGGCCCAUAGCCUUGGGGUUGGACAUUUCUAGUGUAGCUGCCACAUUGAUUUUUCUAUAAUCACUUGGGGUUUGUACAUUUUUGGGGGGAGAGACACAGAUUUUUACACUAAUAUAUGGACCUAGCUUGAGGCAAUUUUAAUCCCCUGCACUAGGCAGGUAAUAAUAAAGGUUGAGUUUUCCACAA